UUUAAUAGCUGGCCCACUAUUGGUAAAGCUUCCAAGGGAAGCUUAGCAUUCAAAAAUUUUUGAAUUUAGGAGGUGAGUCUCAUUUUAGUUUGAACUCGACAAAUAUUGUGCGAAAAAUUGAGGUCGUCAUUUUUUUGGUGGAAAGCUUGAAGGAGACUGUGUUCGUCAUUUUUCAUCAAUCUUCACCAAGUUCGUCAGCGACUGCUUUGGGAUCCUUGCCGGAGACAUCUUCCCGACGUUUGAAGGGUUAGAGUUGGGUCUGGCGUUGUUGGCGCAUGUUGUUUUCUCUCCCGGCGUUUCGGCCUUUUCAGUUCUGUGGGUUCCCCUUCCAUUGUCGUUUCCCCUUCCGGCGUUGGCUCCGAUGUUCUUCGCGUUUUGUGAGUCGUUUCUCCGUUCCGUGUUUCCCUUUUUCAUUCAAUUUUAUUUUUCCUUCACUUGGUGUAGUUAGAUAUUUAUAGGUUUUUUAGUUGCAAAAUGUUAUAGUAUGUUUUUUUUGCUUCGAUUCGGUUUAAUUAGGCAAAUUAAUGGCGAAUCGAGCUAGAUCUAUGGUUUUUUUUACUGAUUACCUAGUAUUCUAGUUAUAACUCAAUUAUUGAUUGUCGAGGAUGGUGGUGGGAAAUGUUGAGGUGCCACCCAAGAGAAAACGUUCAGUAAGGAUGAUCCUGCUGAUAGUGAUGGUGGAGAGGAUGAUGAGAGGCCAGCACGUUGCCGGCGAUUCUGCCCUCGGCUGUGGCUAACGGUUUGACUCUAGAAUAUGCUGCUGAUAGAGGAAACUCUUCUUCUCUCCGCUGAUGUGAAGAUCGGAUUGGUGCUUGUCGACAUCGUUAAUGGCUUCUGCACUGUUGGUUCCGGAAAUCUCAGAUCUCGUGUAAGAACCCUUGCUCCUCUGUCGAACAACACAAUGCAUGGAAGAUUAACUUUGUCUACUGCUAUGGCUGUUGAAAACCAACAAUGGUGGAUUAGUUCAGCAGAAGCAGAAGGUAGUGAUGGAGUAUUCUGCACUUCAGAUUCCAUUAAUGUUCUAGAUUUUUGGCAACCUUUAGGCAUUGCUUUUAAGAUACCUAAAGUCGGAGUGGAUGUGCAGUCAGCUUUCUCGCUUGGGGAUUCCAUCUAAAUUGGAUGUUCUACAUUAAAAUCAGCUGUGAAAAAGCAAUACUCUUCCGAAAUCCAACAGUUCUCUUUGCGCAAACAAAGGCUUUUUAGCACCUACAAAUUACCUGAGUCAAAUGCUGACAGCCACUUCACAGCAUUGACCCAAAUUUGGGGAUGUUCAAACUACGUCAUGGGAGUUUGCGGACUUGGAUCGAGCAAUAACUUAUUGCCUGUCGUUUUGGCAUAUUAGUUAUUUUAGUUAAAACUUGUUUCUUGGAGUGUUUGAGUUUGUUUUUUUGUUUUUCAAAUGCAAAAAACUUUGUUUGUAAUUGUUGUAUUAUAUAUCCAGUUUUCUUCCCUUUUGAAUCUGAUUCUUUGGUGUUUAUAUGAAUAUGUGCAUCUCUUU